AUGGAUAAUUCAUACCAGUCUGGGCAGGCCCCCAGGACCAUACGUAGACCAGACGCGAAGAAGAAGCUGGUCGUUGUCGGCGACGGUGGCUGCGGCAAGACGUGUCUUUUGAUCGUUUAUGCCGAGAACAGGUUCCCCGAAGCAUACAUCCCAACCGUGUUCGAGAAUUACGUCACACAAGUCACAUUCGAGGGGAAGCUCGUAGAGUUUGCAUUGUGGGACACGGCAGGGCAGGAAGAGUACGACCGAUUACGGCCGCUCAGCUACCCAGAAAGCGACGUUAUCCUCAUCGUAUUCUCCGUCGACUUCCCUGUCAGCCUGGCCAAUGUCCAAGAUAAGUGGUAUCCCGAGGUCGCACACUUCUGCGAGGGAACACCGCUCAUCCUGGUCGGGACCAAGACAGAUUUGCGUCGAGACGAACAGACACGGCGGAUGCUGGGUGCUCAGGGUCAGACGCCAGUAACACCAGAGCAGGGAUUGGAUGUAGCAAAGGAGAUAGGAGCGAAAUACAUCGAAUGUUCAGCAAAGUCCGGGAGCGGCGUUCAGGAUGUGUUCAACUUGGCGUUGAAAGAGAGCAUGAAGCGCGCAUGGGGCAGGAAACUGAAGCCAAAAAACGGUCCGCGGUGUGUCGUAACAUGA